AGUCCAGGCUUGACUCACCUCUCACUUCAUCAGGGCUAAGAUCUCAGCUUUAUACAGAAACAAGAUUUCAGCCUCAGAACAACAGAGAGAGACGCACACAGCCCCAACGCCACAGGGAGGCAGCUCACUUACUCCAUCCCUCCACCAUGGAGUACCUUUCAGCCUUGAACCCCAGUGGACUGCUGAGGUCAGUAUCCACUGUGGGCUCUGAAAUCGGCCGUAGGGUCUGGAACUCAGCUCCACCACCUCAGCGACCCUUCCGAGUCUGUGACCACAAGCGGACGGUCCGGAAAGGACUGACUGCUGCCACCCGCCAGGAGCUACUAGAUAAGGUACUGGAGACCCUGCUCUUAAGCGGAGUGCUAACACUGGUACUGGAGGAGGAUGGGACCGCCGUGGAGAAUGAGGACUUCUUCCAGCUGCUCGAGGAUGACACAUGUCUGAUGGUGCUAGAGCGAGGACAGAGCUGGAGUCCCAGGAGUGGGAUGUUGUCAUACGGCCUAGGACGGGAGAAGCCAAAACACAGCAAGGACAUCGCCCGAAUCACCUUUGAUGUGUACAAGCAAAAUCCUCGAGACCUCUUCGGCAGCCUCAACGUCAAAGCUACCUUCUACGGGCUCUAUUCCAUGAGCUGUGAUUUUCAAGGAGUUGGACCCAAAAAAGUGCUCAGGGAGCUCCUUCGCUGGACUUCCUCACUGCUGCAAGGCCUGGGUCAUAUGCUGCUGGGGAUUUCAUCUACCCUGCGCCACGUGGUGGAGGGCGCCGAGCGGUGGCAGUGGCACAAGCAGACUCACCUCCAUUCAUAAUGAAAAAGGGACUGGAGCCGGUGCCCCGAGACUGCUCCCAUGAGACACGUGAGAGCUAUAUGGCACCAACAGAUUUGGGGUCUGCAGUGUACCUGACUCCAUCGUAACAGAACCUUUCGGCACACUGCCUUGGUCCUGUAGCCUGCACAUUCCUGAAGGAUGCUGCCUAUCUUACUCCAUCUCCUGCCCUCUACUUAUCCUGCAGAACCACAACCUUGUCCCCUGGCAUGCCGAUCCCACCGUAACUGCUGCUACAUCCAGGUUCUCACUGAUCCCUAUCCCUAAGACCCUGCACACCAAUGACAGUCCCCAGGUUCUCACUGAUCCCUGUCCCUAAGACCCUGCACAC